GAGCCUGUGUGACGUCAUCGCACAACACCCGGUUCCGUUUCCGCUGCACGAUAACCUGGGCUGAUGCACGCUACAUGGGAACAUGGCGGGUCCGUGGAGGCAUUGUAGGAGGUGGACCACGACUCGGUCCAGCAGGAGUUUAUUUGAAGCCUUGUGGCGUUUGAACAGCAGCUCUGCGUCUUCCUCCGCGCGCUGUGUGAGCAGCGCGUGCUGGAGCUCCGGCCCAGGAAACGAGGGGAAGCCACGAUUACCUACGCAGAUCCACUCAAAAGUUCUAAACCUAAACCCAUCUCUUAUCAGACACACUUCUCCGUUGCAGCAUCCCAGACUACAAUCUUGCUGCUGCAGAAGGACGCACAGCGAUGCGAAGCUGAAGGACCCUUUCACGUUAGCCCAGAAAGACUUGAUGAGUUUAUAUGAUGACAUUAAAAAGGAGCUUUUUGUUUCUAAGAAUGAACUGAAGUAUCUAUGCGACUACUACUUUGAUGGCAGGGGUAAGGCUAUCCGACCCAUCAUUGUCAUCCUGAUGGCCCGCGCCCUUAACAUCCACAGCAACGGAGCUGGAGAUCUGCUUCCGGGGCAGAGGGCGAUAGCGAUGAUCACGGAGAUGAUUCAUACUGCCAGCCUGGUGCACGAUGACGUAAUAGAUGGAUCAGAUGAGCGAAGAGGAAAGAGGUCAAUCAAUGAAGUGUGGGGGGAAAGAAAGGCCAUCUUAGCCGGAGAUUUUAUCCUCUCAGCUGCCUCGAUGGCCUUGGCACGUAUCGGGAACAACACAGUGGUGAAAGUGCUCUCCCAAGUCAUAGAGGACCUGGUGCGAGGGGAAUUCAUGCAACUGGGCUCCAAAGAGAACGAGAACGAGAGAUUCAAACAUUACCUCGAGAAAACCUUCAAGAAGACAGCGAGUCUUAUUGCAAACAGUUGUAAAGCAGUGUCCAUUCUGGUAAACUCUGAUCCAGAAGUUCAUGAAAUAGCCUACCAAUACGGGAAGAACGUCGGCAUCGCGUUCCAGCUGGUAGACGAUGUUUUGGACUUCACAUCAGGAGCCGAUCAGCUGGGCAAACCCUCAGCAGCCGAUCUGAAACUGGGUUUGGCCACAGGACCGGUCCUGUUCGCUUGUCAACAGUUUCCUGAGCUUCACGCAAUGAUCAUGAGACGUUUCAGCUCCAAAGGAGAUGUAGAUCGAGCCUGGCAGUACGUCCUUCAGAGCGACGGCGUGCAGCAGACCACCUACUUGGCCCAGCGCUACUGUCAAGAAGCCACCAGGCAGGUCAGCAUGCUCCGGCCGUCCCCGGAGAGGGACGCCCUCAUCAGGCUCACGGAGAUCGUGCUGAACAGAGACAAGUGACCCUCCACUGCCAGCCUUCUCUUCAGGCAGCUAUCUGUAGAACAGCGACCCACCCUCGCCUCGGGUGUCAGA